AUGUCCCCCAGCCCGACAUAUUCAUUGGCAGACGUGCUUGCGGUUGCACGAAUACACCCUUUCUACUGCUCUACUCAGUACCCACCAGACAAUAAGACCAUUCAGGAUGCAAGAGAGAAAGCAGCAUUGAAGUACGAACGGCCUGACUUGAAGUCAUGGCCGUUGCUUCAGAAAGCCGAUUUGAACACUUAUCGCCACAAUGUCUACACCAGCGUUACGAGUGGAGGAGGAGGCGUAUCAAAGCCUUUGUUCUUUGCGACAGAUGCGCUCGAAAAUCGUCGGCAUAGGGCCCUCUUCGGCGAAUUUCUCAAGAAGACCGGCAUCAUUGAACGUGGGGACUGGGUCUUGUCGACUCAUCAUGGCGGCAGCUUGUACAGAUCGCUUGAUUUAACACUGGAGACUAUGGAAAAUGCCGGGGCUUCUGUGCUAGCCGCUGGGCACCAAUGUACACCUGCGACUGUGGUACAGAUCUUGCAAGACUUCAACGUCAAUGUCCUCACCGGCGACAGCAGUCAGAUCAUAUCGAUUGUCCACCAUAUAUCGACCAUUCCAGAUAAAAAGAACAAGAACAAGAUCAGAAAAGUGAUCUACACGUCAGAAGGGCUUUCCUUGAUACAGAGAGUCCAAAUCUACAAGGUGCUUGCCCCGGUCGCCAUAUACUCUAUACUUGGUAGUGCAGAAGCUGGGCCUUAUGGAGCUAGCAGUCCCUUUCUCGUCGAUUUUGACCCCCGAUCUAACCAUAAUGAUUUCAUUAUCGAUACACGGAUGACCAUCAUUGAGGUCCUCCCUCUAUCUUGCGCGGAGAGUGAUAGCGACGAGAUCCCUGAACCACUGCCGGACGGAGAAAAAGGUGUCAUUGCACAAACAGUACUGACACGUCUGCGCCACCCCGUGAUACGUUACAUAACUGGCGACAUCGGUUCCCUUCAUCCUUUGCCACAAAAGUCUGUUGGUCGGCUUGCCAAACACGAUGUGCCUCAUUGCCGCAUUCUUCGCCUACAGGGCCGCGACCAUCGCUUCAGUUUCAUGUGGGAUGGAUGCGACUUUCAAUUCGACAAGCUCAAUACGAUAUUAUCUAACCCUCAAUCGGGAGUUCUCCUUUGGCAGGUGAUACUAGACAAGAUGCAACCGUCUCAAGAAAUUUCGUUGGAGAUUCGUCUGCUGAGCGGCCAGAGCUCGGGGGAUCAAGCGCACUUGCAGACCCUUUUGGACCAGCUGAAGGACUGUCUUGAUGUCAGUUAUUUGAAUGAGCACAAAUUCAAGGUCGCAUUUGUCAAUGAUGCUCUGGGGUUUGAGCUGAGUGGGACUGGGCGAAAGGUCAUUCGGUUUGUUGAUCACUCAUUCUAG